UGUGUACUCGUGUAAGAACUACUGGAAAAAUUGAGGAAAAAUGAUUGAGUCCUGAUGAAAAGAAUGGCAUAACGCGAGGCCACGGAAAUGUGUAUUGUGUCAUCGGUUAAUUGGCGGAGUGCAGUGCGAUUUUCGUGCGGGCAAAAACGAGAGUAAAGACAAAAAACUAACGAAGAGAAAAAAAGACGAAGAAAAAAAAGAAAAUCGAGAAGAGGAAAAAUUCGAUGGCAGAGUGAAAAAUUUUUUUUUCUCCAUACACACUCGCCUCACAGUGAAUAUAGUGCAAAAGGCAAAUGAAGACGCGAGCAAAAGACGAAAAAAAAGCCUCGACCGCCUCCAAGACACACCAAAAACCCGUGCCCGAACACUGUGAAUGCCCGAAAUGUGGCAAAUGUACGUGAAAAAUGUGAUAUAACAAUGGGAUUAUGAAGAAAAUUGAGUCGACAAAUUUUUUUUUCCCUGAAACAACAUACAUACACAAACACACACACACACACGCGACAUACAAAAAUUAAGACCCAUUUCAAGUACUUAAUGGCAGCACAAAUCAAUGACAGUGAAUUUUCGUGAAAUUCGAACGAGAAACAGCAAAAAAGCCCCGCAAAUUAUGAAAAAUGUGCAGGAAAAAAGUGUUUUUCGCAAAUCAAAAAAUCUAUAGAAAAAACGAAGGAUUGACUCGCACAUGAAAAUAUUUUUGAAACCUGAAAUUCACAUUGCAAAUGUAGAAAAAUGGUGUAGUUGCAUUAAUUAAAUAAAAAAAAAUAAAUAAAAAAAAAUAAUUAAUUAAUUAAAUGUGUGACAAUAUAUGAAAAAAAUCAAAAAAUAAUCAAAAAAACUAAAAAAAAAAUAAAAACAAAUUGAAAAAUUGUGAAAAAAAAUAAAAUAAAAAAAAACAUCGAAACCCGACCGAUUAAUUAAAAGGAAAUAGUAUCGGAGGGAUCAAUUUCCCCCCAAAAAAAUAAAAAAAAAAAUAAAAAAUAAUUUUUUUUCACACAUAAAUUUAAUUCUUAGUUUCGGUGUGCCUCUCUCGGUCCCUCGACGUGUAAGAGGAGACAGAGUCUUGUGUAACGAAAAAAAAUAUUUUAAGUGAAAAAAAAAAUAGUGACCAAAUAACAACACAACAGGCGAGGCACAGAGAGAGAGAGAGACGAGACAACGGAAAUUUUUGGAAAACCUUUUUUUCCUCUACCACACUCCAGUCCAGCUCAUAUGAAAUCAACAUGGCCUCAUCUAAUCAUCGUGGAAUACAAAUUGGUUCGGCGUGGUUUCAGCGAAAAAUCAAUUUGCGGCCACAACAUCGAGGUGUACAUUUAGUAACUGAGGAAAUUUUGAGGCAAAUGCCUGAACUAGGACAAUUUUCUGUCGGAUUAUGUCAUGUUCAAAUAUUACACACAUCAGCGAGUCUGGCGUUAAAUGAAAGCUGGGAUCCUGAUGUCAGAGACGACAUGGAAAUGAUGUUAAAUAAAAUAGUACCAGAAGGAUUACCUUAUCGACAUUCUUGUGAAGGGCCCGAUGAUAUGCCCGCCCAUGUUAAAGCAUGCUUCCUUGGAAGUUCAUUGACAAUCCCAAUAACAGAUGGCAAAUUAUCAUUAGGAACAUGGCAGGGUGUUUGGCUAUGCGAACAUCGUGAUCAUGCCGGAUCACGAAAACUCGUCAUAACGUUAUCUGGUUGUCCACGUGAUUCAGCACGGAGUCCAUUAUCGCCAGUAUCACCAAUCGCAUCGACAUCCAGUUAGGGAAGGCCACGCUCUGCCCGCGACAGUCGGUAAUCGUGGGAGAGCGGCUUCAUUCACAAAAACACACAUCAUCAUCAACAUACAAGAUAAUAAUAAUAAUUAUAGUAAAAAUUAUUGAGACAACAAAAAAUAUCACAACAGAAAAAAAAUAUAUAUUGAAUAUAUAUGAUUGAAAAAAUUCAUAAAAGAACAAGAAAGAACAUG